GAUCGACCCUCCCUAAGGAAAGGUCAUCACAGGAAAAUUUGCGUUGAAGUGGACAUCACAGCGCUCUGGGUCGACGUCGUUGUCACGGCGGGUAACGAUGUUGUCCGUGGAAAAGGCGGGGUUGAUGGAACGGUCCACCGUGUUGCCGGCCCUAGAUUGCUGCAGGAAUGUGCUACUCUAGGUGGAUAUCAAACAGGUUCCGCUAAAAUCACUGAUGCAUACAACCUUCCAUGCCAA